UGUCAAAAAGCAGGAAGCGCACACUUUAGGGGCGGACAAUUGGGCUUUAACUGGGUUUCUUUGGAAUAUCAUACUGAAAGUCAUUUGUGUCUGUUUAGCAGGAAAUGUUCUCUCAUGUCUCUCUAAUUUUUCUCGAAGCACAAUAUCUUUCAAUGUAUCCUGCCCUGUUGCACUAAGUAACCAUCAGUUAAGUGCAGUGUUCCUCAGAAGAGCACCGCAGCUUAUGUGGAGAUGGAGGAACGCGCUCGCAGCUGCCUGCUGCGCUCCAAAGCCACUCUGGAGCAGGACAUCAAGGCCUCCUAUUUGAUGGACCACAUGGUCAGCGACGGCGUCCUGACAAAUGAUGAAGAAUCAAGGGUGCUUAGCAAGCCCACUAGAAGAGAGCAGGCUGCAGCCCUGCUAGAGGUGCUAUUGAGGAAAGACAAUCGGGCCUACAUCUCCUUCUACAAUGCGCUGAUCAGGGAGAGUUAUGGCGAUCUGGCCAGCAUCCUUCAUAGUGACCUGCCUCUCCUCAGCCCUGAGGGAGAGAGGAGCUUUGCUGAUGGACUAUCUCCCUCUGUCCAGGCGAUUCUCAGUGAAGGUGGCGUGCCUCAGAGACCCGUGGUGUUUGUGAGCCGACCCACUCUGCUCAACCUGAUCCGGGAGAAGCUGUACCGACUGCAGAAUACGCCGGGCUGGGUCACUGUGUUUGGCAUGGCUGGCUCAGGGAAGUCUGUGAUGGCUGCCGAGGCUGUCCGAGACCGUGCCCUCAUUAAGGAGUGUUUUCCAGGUGGCGUUCACUGGCUUUCUGUCGGCCAAUGUGAGCGGGCAGACCUGUUGGUAAGGAUGCAGUCUUUAUGUUUCCGUUUGGAGCAGGGUCAAAGUUCAGAAGCCAGUCAGCGGCCACCCUGCUCCGUGGAGGAGGCCAAAGAGCGCCUACGGUUCCUAAUGCUGCGCAGGUUCCCCAGGUGCCUGCUGAUUCUGGACGACGUCUGGGACAGCUCUACUCUCAGGUCCUUUGAUAUCCAGUGCAGGGUUCUUCUGACCACUCGCAAUCGAGGACUGGCCGACUCUGUAAGCGGUACAAGCUUCGAAGUGCCUUUUGAGAGUGGUCUAGAUGAGGAGAAAGCCCUGGAAAUUCUUGCUUUGUAUGUUAACGGGAAACCACAGAAACUUCCAGAACAGGCCCGCAGCAUUGUGAGCGAAUGUAAAGGUUCUCCUCUGGUUGUUUCUCUCAUUGGAGCUUUAUUGAGAGAGUUCCCUGACCGCUGGAGAUACUACCUGCGACAGCUGCAGAAGAAGCAGUUCAAGCGGAUCCGCAAGUCAUCGUCCUACGACUAUGAAGCUCUGGACCAGGCCAUGGAUGCCAGCCUGCAGGUUUUGGAGCCCGAACACCAAGAUCUGUACCGAGACCUGAGCAUCAUGCAGAAAGACGUUAAAGUGCCUGCUAAGGUUCUGUCAGUGUUGUGGGAUCUGGAGUUGGAGGAAGUGGAGGACGUCCUACAGGAGUUUGUGAAUAAAUCUCUGCUGUUUCGAGACUGUAACCAGCGACCAUACCACUAUUACCUUCAUGAUCUGCAGCUGGACUUUCUCAUCGAACAGAAUCGUGAUCAAAUUGCUGAACUGCAUAAAAAGCUGGUCCGUCAGUACCAGCACUUCUAUAAUGAAAGGCCACCCAGCUCUGGAGAUAUAGACCGUUCGUAUUGGUACCGCUUCCUCCCGUACCACAUGGCUAAAGCGGGACUGUCUAAGGAGCUUUAUUCACUGAUGUUUUCCUUGGACUGGGUCAAAGAGAAAGCUCAGUUUAUGGGAUCUGCCCAUCUUAUCAACGACUACGUAGAAUACGGUGAAAUACUAGACAAAGAGAACAGCGAGGUGAGACUGCAGUUUCAGGAGUUCCUGUCUUUAAACGGACAUCAUUUGGAGCAGAGGCCGUUUCCUGACGUAGUGCAGUUGGCUCUGUCUCAGCCCGUGUGUUCAGAGGUUUACAGACAGGCCUUGAUGCAGGCGCAGAAGAGGGCCAGCAGAGGGCAGCUCUAUCUGGACUGGAUGAACAAAAAUAAUCAGGACAGUUUGUCUCGGCUGGUCAUGCAUCCUCACCAGGGGUCUGUUUACUAUGCUUGCUUCUCCAAAGAUGGGAGUAAAAUCGCCUCUUGUGGGACCAACAAGGCGCUGCGGCUGUUUAAAACAACCUCUGGAGAGAAACUUAUGGAGCUUCAGGCUCAUGACGAAGACAUUCUGUGCUGUGCCUUUUCUCCAGAUGACCGUUACAUUGCAACCUGCUCCAGUGACAGGAAGGUUAAGUUGUGGAGUGUUGAGCAAGGUACUCUUAUCAGAGAGUUUUGGGAGGAACACGAGGAGCAGAUAAACCACUGCCAGUUCACCAAUACAGGCCGACGUGUCCUGCUGGCCACCUGCUCAAACGACAAAUUCACCAACACUAAGCUAUGGAACCCCAACAAGCCGAGCUCUCAGAACACUAUGUUUGGACACAUGGAACCUGUCAAUCACUGUUGCUUUUCUCCUAACGACACCUACCUCGCCACUUCAUCCAGUGACGGCACCUUGAAGCUGUUUGAGGUGUCAUCUGCGAACGAGUGGAAAUCAAUUGAUGUCAAUAGUUUUUUCCCAGAGACUGACGAUGAAAUAAAAGCCAUCGUGAAAUGCAGCACUUGGUCGGCCGAUGGCUCACGGAUCAUUUGUGCUGCCAGAAAUGCUGUGUUUGUGUUUGACGUGAAGACGUCAGACAUGCUGUUGGAGAUGAAGACGAGUCGUCUGAGCACAGUGCAGUACUGCCACGCGUGUCCCAACAGCAGCCUGCUGGCCGUUGCACUCUCUCAUUACACUGUAGAGUUGUGGAACUUUGAGACCAGUAAAAAGAAAGCCGAAUGCAAUGGCCACCUGAGCUGGGUUCACUGUGUCCAGUUUUCACCCGAUGGCUCACUCCUGUUGUCCUCUUCUGAUGAUCAGACCAUCAGGCUGUGGGAGACAGAUCGGGUUCACACCUCCUCUGCUGCGGCUCUGAAGAGGGAUUCUGAUGUUCUCUUCUCCCACAGUGAUGUUACAAUAGUGGCACCAGACAGCAGAAACAGAUUACAGGUACGGACCGGAUCAGCAGGUGCCGUUCUGUUCGAGAGCGAAGAGCUGCCAUCCAGGAUUCGCUGUACUUGCAUCAGCAGAAAUGCUUCGUUUGUGGCCUUGGGAACUGAGGAUGGAACUGCACAGACAGGAAGAGUGAAAGUUAGGCAGUUUCUGAAGAACGUUGGAUGGAGAGCCUUGCAGCUGCUGAACUUACAGCGUGAUUUUGUGCUGGCGCUAGGGCUAGAGACAGGUACAGUGCAGGUGUUGGAGGUUCCAUCUGGAAGAACAUCACCGCUCACAGGUCAUACUAGGACUGUUCACCACUGUCAGUUCACCGAUGAUGGUGAAACCCUCAUCACAUCCUCAGAAGACACUACUGUCCGGGUGUGGAAGUGGAGGACAGGUGAGUGUCUGGUGCUGGAGGGCCAUAAGGAGCCGGUCAGGAAGUUUCAUCUGUUGAACAACUCUACUUCCUCUCACCUGUUCUCUUGGUCGUUUGAUGGCACUGUCAAGGUCUGGGAUCUGGACAGAGGUCAGAUGCUGCAAAACCUCGAGUGUCAUAAGGGUGCUGUCUUGUCAUGUGACGUGUCCUCUGAUGGAUGUCUCUUUGCCACCACAUCGGCCGAUAGGACUGCUAAGGUGUGGGGCAGUGCCUCGUGGGAGAUGACUUUUUUGCUGAUGGGACACAAGGACUGCGUCCGUAGCUGCCGUUUUUCUUGGGACAACAAGCAACUUGCGACGGGCGACGACAAUGGAGAAAUCAGGCUGUGGCGCAUGCUGGAUGGAGCUCUUCUGAAGAUCUGUUCACGGGACACUAAGGACUCCAUGGACUCUUUCCACGGUGGAUGGUUGACUGACCUGCACUUCUCCCCUGAUAACAGAGUACUGGUCUCUACAGGCGGAUACAUCAAGUGGUGGAGUGCAGAGACCGGAGAGGCCUUGCAGACAUUCUACACGAUGGGAGCCAAUCUGAAGAAGAUCCACGUGUCAGCUGAUUUCACCACGUUUGUCACCGUGGACAGCAUUGGAAUCCUUUAUGUUUUAAAGAAGGUGGAGGGAGGAAGCCUCUAGCUAUUGCUUUACGAAAUGUUUUAAGUAUUGUACAAAUGUUUAGGACUAAAAAAAUUUUUUGGAGAAUCCUUGUGAGUGCAAGAAAUUGAGUUCCAAAUCAUUCAUAAUAUUUUUGUUUAAUGCUUUUUCUUGCUGAGGUUUCCUAAUAUUGAAUUGAACAAUCUGUCCUCUUCUAUGACGUGUUUGUGCUGUCGUAAUUGAAGGCAAGUACUCUGACCCACAUUGACGGAAGCCUUUGUAUCUGUUUUUUUAGAGAGCGUACACAGCCCAGUCUGGGAUUUCUUCUUAGCCCAAGCUUUUGAACCAAUGCCUUAAUGUGCAAGAAGUGCAAUUUGAGUCGUUGUGCUUUAUUUUUGCACUAAAAUUUGUAGCGAAGGCUCAGGUGCCUCAUUGUAACUUUAUGACUACAGACUUUAUAUUUAAGAUAAGUCAUUGGGAUGUAGCACAGUUUGUGGGUAGGUUUCUCAAUGAGCUGAGGAAAAACAAAGAAACUACACCCGAAUUUCAGCAUUGUCUGUGAAAAGGAAUUGCUUGCAAGUCAAUGUGUAAUGGUAUGAAAGUGAAAUGCUGUAACCAGGGUCCCAUUUGUCCAAACAUGCACACCAUUGGAUUACCAAAAGGUGAAAGUGUAAUUGUUUUUGGUGCUUAAGCAUGUUGUAAUGUGAAUGCAAUACAAUCAAGGAGGACCAAGGCAA